UUUCCUUUUAGAAUUUGCUGUUGAUAUCAAAUCUUGGUAGAUUGUCUGCAUUUAUAACGUUUAGAUGAUAAAGAAAUAUGUAUGCACGUUAAUAAUCAAAAUCCUCCAUUAGAAAAGCUUCUUGUUAUUAUAAAUCUUGGAACUGCUAGAAAGAGACUAAGAUAUAUAUACAUUAACAUAGUUUUUACCGUCAUCAUAAUCAUCAGCAUGACAUUGCGUCAGAUCAUUAAGAAGAAAUCUGCAGAUCUUGAGAAUGAAGGUGAUGGUGCUGUUGUUAGAAAAAGCAUCACCAAGAUUGACUAUGGGUUAUUAGACCCGUUUGUAUCACUAUUAGAAUUUUCCGUUUCACCCCCAGGUGGAUUCAGAGAUCAUCCUCACAGAGGUUUUGAAAGUGUUACAUACAUGCUACAGGGAGGAAUCAAAUACCAAGACUUCAAUGGUCAUAAGAUUACAAUCCAUGAAGGAGAUGUUCAGUGGAUGACAGCAGGAAAAGGAAUCGUACAUUCCGAGAUGCCUGAGGAAGAAGUCAACAACGGCUUACAGCUUUGGAUCAACCUUUCUUCUACUGACAAAAUGAUAGAUCCAAAAGCCCUAGAACUGACGAGUUCAGAGAUUCCAAGAGCAGAGGAAGAUGGAGUAGAGGUCAAAGUCAUAGCCGGAGAAUCAAUGGGAGUCCAAUCUCAUUUCUACACAAAGACACCAAUCAUGUUUCUUGACUUUACUCUUAAGCCAAAAGCUCAAACCCUUCCAGAGUCAUGGACCGCCUUUGCCUACGUCAUAGAUGGUGACGAAGGCGUCUUUAGCUCCUCGGACCCUUCCACCAUACAAGCACAUAAAGUUGUGGUGUUUGGAAAAGGGGAUGGAGUUAGCGUGUUGAAUACGCCAAGCUCUAAGCCAUUGAGGUUUUUGUUGAUUGCAGGGGAACCUAUCGGCGAGCCUGUGGUUCAACAUGGUCCAUUUGUGAUGAACACACAGGCUGAGAUUGAUAUGACCAUUGAGGAAUAUCGCAGUGCCAAGAAUGGCUUUGAAAGAGCUAAGUCUUGGAGGUCAGAGUAAAAAUGGUUUUUAGGAUUUCUUCUUUUGUUCACAUGGAUUUAAUCUUACACCUUA